AUGUCGACCCCAACGAGACCCAAUUUCAUCGACAUACGCUCCGAGUCGCAAGCUUCUUCCAUCCCGCGCCCACUAAGGUCCCCUCGCCUACAUGUCGCCGGGGAGCAUCCGCCGGAGCUCUCGCCUCUCGAUGCGUUCGCUCUGCAGAGCCGGCUGCUGGCCAAGCAGCUGGAGGAGAGCGCCAAGGCCGGUAGGAGAAUGAGCCGCCUGCCUCCAUUGACGACAGAGAGUCCUCUCAUUGUACAAGGGAGAUCCGAAUAUUUCCGGUCAAUGUCGGCCGAGUCUGGUUCUGACGCCGAUGGCGACGUACCUCAACAACACUCGGCUGGUCCUGCGAUGAGGGCAGAAUUGGCCGAGUCGCCCGACCGACCACAGUCCAUGCACCCACGAAUGAGCCAAAUUCCACCGACUCCGGAUACCUCGAUCCCCAUACCGACACCAAACUCCUUUGAGCAGUUACGAGGUCGGCCACUGGGCAGCCAUGAUGACAAGACCAGCUACUUUGGAGCUAGGAGGGAACACUCUCCCUCGUCUUUCGACAGUGCUAGUAUUGAUGCACGGGCAGCCGCCGAAGCGGAUUCCACACCACAGGAGCUGCUGGCCGAGCCAUCAGCGAACCCCAGUCAGGCCUUGUCAUCACCUCGCAAACUCGAACACAAGACUUCGCACGAGUCUCUCGCUCCUCCAAGGACUACGUUCCCAGCCAGGACAUCCAGCAUCAAGUCACAGACGACAGAAGAUGGUGUCGAUGACGACGUCCUGGGCUCCUCCUUCCAUUCUAACCGAUCACGCAAGCUCUCUUCGAGCAGCGGCGGCGUCUUUUCGCCCCAACACCAACAUCGAUCUCCAUCGAUAAGCUCCAACAUAUCUGAACUACCACGUCCAGCGUUCAACUUCUCGAGGCCGAUGAGCCGGGCAGGAACACCAGGGCUGGAGACAACAUCACGUUUGGACCCGCCUGCGCGGCAACCAUCCUCCGACAGCCAUUCUUCUUUUUUCUUGGCGGACGACGCAAGCAACACUCCCGUCAGCAUGAACAGCGAGGGGUUCCCAGAUAUUGCAGAGGAUGGGAAACCAGGGUCGAACACAUACGUCUACUCCAAGUUUAACCUUCCCCGAGGAAAGACGAUGCAGCGGUCGAAUUCCAAGGAUCGAGUACCGGCCUCAGGGACUUUCCAGUGGCAACAGCCCACCGGUGCUCCUAGUGAUGAGCACACGAUUCCCUCCGUUGGUCAGGCGCCGCCAUCCCCGCCCACUAGGCCCUCCAGCUCUGCAAGUGCAAGUCGGGAGUUGAGGAGACCCUCAGGUGAAACGAGCCUGGAUGUACCACGUCCCACAACGCAACCGUCACCGAGCGAAAAUCGACCGGCUACCAGCGACGGGCGUGCCUCCGAGGACGCACAAAGAGGUCGCAGCGAAAAGCGCCUUGGGACCGCGACAACCAGUGACGCAAGCACCAUCAAGGCUCGUUCUCAGCACUCAAUCGCUACGACGAUGGCAGAUACUCCAGCGGAAGAGCAUGUUAGCAAGGCCAUUGCACUGCAUGAAGAGGGCAAGGUGAAUGAAUCGACCUACCACCUUCGCUAUGCUGCGAAGCAGGGCGACCCUGUGGGAAUGCUGCUAUUUGCACUGGCAUGUCGGCACGGCUGGGGUAUGCGACCCAACCAGGCAGAAGCUGUGAUAUGGCUUCGCAAGGCUGCCGACUGCGCGGGCGUCGAAAUUGCAGAGGACGAGAACAACGCCAAGGAGGGCCAGCAUGUGGAUGUAGCAGGGCGCAAGACGCGUAAAGCGCAGUUGGCCCUGAGCAUCUAUGAGCUUGGAGUGAGCCACAUGAACGGAUGGGGCAUUGAGCAGGAUAAAGCUCUUGCCUUGCGUUGCUUCGAAAUCGCCGGAAGCUGGGGCGAUGUUGAUGCUCUUGCCGAGGCAGGUUUCUGCUAUGCCAAAGGUGUUGGCUGCAAGAAGAACCUCAAGAAGGCGGCCAAAUUAUACCGCGCGGCCGAGGCCAAGGGUAUGAGCAUGGUCGGUAACAGCUGGAUCCACAAGCCCAAAUACAACGAGGACGAGGACGAGGAGAACGACGAUGCGAGGAGCACCAAGUCGCGAUCCAAGUCCAAGUCCCGGUUCUUUGGCAAAGUUCGGUCCCACACCACCACCGGCGCACCGUAA